UGAUCUGGGCCGUUCAUUGUACACAGCACGAAGGGGCAAUACGGAAACAGAAGAGAGCUCGGGGGUGCAAGUCCUAAACGCCAGUUAAAGCUCCCGCGUGGGGACUCAAUAAGGCAGUACCCACCAAGGACAGCUCUUCGAUAUUUCACCGGAGUUCUCGAGAAGGAUUUGUUGCAGGACUGAGGUGGAUAAUUUUGCUUAAUUUCUUAGCAAGUGUGGGCAUUGUGAGGACAUCGGGAAUUGUUAGCUAAAAGACUCAGAAGCAUGAGGUUCAUUGUUUCUUCUCAUCUGCAGGAUUGUGACUGAUCUGCUUAGAGAGAUUAAGCAAUACAUCAUGAAGUAAUUUUUUCCUCACAUCUGAAGGUUUGAAUAAACUAAGAGUACCAUUCUAUAAAAUACGACAGAGAUGUUCUCGUUGCUUUAUGGACUUUGGAAGCAUCUCUUUAGCAAGACAGAGUUUCAUGUACUCAUUCUUGGAAUUGACAAGGCUGGGAAAACAACUCUGUUGGAGAAAUUGAAGUCUACAUACUUAAAUUCUGAAGGCCUUCCCCCUGAUCGAAUUGUUCCAACUGUGGGACUCAAUAUUGGUCGUGUUGAAGCGUCUAAUAACAAACUUGUUUUCUGGGACCUGGGAGGUCAGCCUGGUCUGCGGUCAAUUUGGGAGAAAUACUAUGAGGAGGCGCAUGCUGUGAUUUAUGUGAUAGAUGCUGCAUGCCCCUCACGUUUUGAAGAUGCAAAAUCUGCCCUUGAAAAAGCGCUUCGGCAUGAAGAUUUGCAAGGAGCCCCUCUUUUGAUAUUGGCAAACAAGCAGGAUCUUUCUGAUUCUGUAUCGGCGGAAGAACUUGCUCGGUAUCUGGAUCUCAAGAAGUUGGACGAAAGGGUUUACAUGUUUGAAGCUGUCUCGGCAUAUGAUGGGAUGGGAAUUAAGGAGAGUGUUGAAUGGCUGGUGGAGAUAAUGGAGAGAAGCAAGAGAACGGAAAUGUUGAGAGUUCGAGCAGGCAUGAAUGGCUCCUCAUCUACGUAGUAGAAUAUAUUUCUUCUGCCAGUCUGCCUAGUAGAAACUAUUCCAAGUUGCAAUUUUUUUGCCUACUUUCAUAGUGUUGUAAAUACACUGAAGUUUACAUCUAUCCAUUAUUCAACAUCUAAUCAAUUUAUUACAUUAUCUGCCGCCCA